AUGGAUCCUCGAGAAUCAAUGAGUAGUGACAUUCGAGUGAUCUGUAAGCUAGGUGAAGGCUCUUUUGCCGAAGUGUUCAAAGUUAAGAACCCAAAAACACAGCAGUUAUUUGCAGUUAAAAGAUUAAAGAAACGAUACCGGGCAAUAGACGAAGUGAACAAACUACCUGAAGUCUUGUAUCUUCGUGCACUUCAAGGACAUCCAAACAUCAUCAAAUUAUACGAGGUAAUUUUCGAUAAUCAAUCAGGCUUCGUCGCAUUGAGAUUCGAAUUAAUGGAAGUAAACCUUUACGAACUUGUUAGAGAUAACCAAAAGCCUUAUGACGAAAAGACUGCCUUAUUACUCAUAUAUCAGCUCCUUAAAUCUUUAGCUUUUAUGCAUUCAAAGAAUUUAUUCCAUCGUGAUGUCAAGCCAGAAAAUUGCAUGGUGAACAAGUCCACCUUGGAACUCAAGCUUUGCGACUUUGGAUCAACUAGACAAACCUCAACAUCAGGUCCAUAUACAGAAUACGUUAGCACUCGUUGGUACCGUGCCCCAGAAUGUAUUCUCACAAGUGGCUCAUACGGUCCAGAAGUCGACAUUUGGGCUGUUGGCUGCAUGUUGUACGAACUUGUCACAUCCAGACCUUUAUUCCCAGGCAAGCACGAAAUUGAUCAGAUUGCUCGUAUCCACAAUGUCGUAGGGACUCCUUCCCGCGACGUCCUUGCAAAAUUUAGACAAAAUCCAAAUACUCAAAUUUCCUUCUCUUUCCCGCAACGCGUUCCACAAGAUCUACAUAAGCUCCUCCCUGUAAUGAGUUCGGGCUUCAUUGACCUUUUGUCUCGUCUCCUUGUUUAUAACCCAAGUGACAGAAUUACAGCUCAAGACGCCUUAGAACAUCCAGUUUUCGAGUCACUCCGUGCUGCAGAGUCUCGCUGGGUUGCAAGCGGAUGCCACGUUCCUUUCUCUGUCUUUGCGGAACAAUUCGGAAAUAUGAUGAACGCUCCACCAUCAAGUGGAAUGGGUUCCUUUGUCUUGGAUUCAGGUGCCCAGAAGCACCAUCAUGACGACGAGCCAUUAGUCAUUCAUUCUCAUAAUCAACCUGUUGUUCCAUCCGUAAAUAACUCAAACAACCAUCUAAAGCAACCACUACAAGGUCCUCUUAUACUUCCAUCCAUCGCUAAGCCGAAACCUCAACUUGGUCCGAUCGGAUUUAAUUCGAAAGAGGCACAAGCGAAGGCAGCACAAAGAAUCAGAGAAUACAACCAGAAGAAACUCCAGAACCAGAAAGAAAAGAAGCAGGUUUGGCCUUCUUUCCAAUUUGGACCUCCAAAUAUUACAAAACCAAGUUACAAUGGAAUGUCUGGAUUCCAGAAGCCGAAACCAGAACUCAUCCAGCCAAGAUUACCGAAAUUGGCUCCUUAUAUCAAAUAA